UCAGCCAAUUUCGAAAAUACUUACUAUUUUUCUUUUGUAGUAAUCAGAUAGAAAACACUACACCUAAAGUGCAACUUUGGAUCAAUAAGCCACAAGAAAUAAUGUCGCCAAGGAGCAAUAACUUUGGGCUAGAUAAUGAUACAUUUGAGAGAGUAGAGAAGACAGGAAAAGAGUUGCUUGCCAACUGGAAGUUCUUAGUUGAAGAAAAUGAGCAAGCUAUCGAAACAACCUUUAACAAACUACAGAACAUGCAGCCAAGCAAACUAUCCGAAAAUAGAACAAGGCAAGAAAUAGAACAACACAUAGAUUUUUAUCAGGCUGACAGGCAUGUUAUGAAGAAAUGCAUGAACCAUCUAAAAUGUUCAAUGAAAGACCGGCUUAAUUACUUGAGAAAACAAAAAAAGUUUCUUCUUGAUUAUCAGAAUACCAUACAAAAUAUGUAUUACUCCAUUGAAAAAAGCAAACGUUCAAGAAUUCCAGAUCCAUUUCCAAGAUUCAUUCUUGAUGUUAAACUCAAUCAUUACCAUAUGUUCAACGAAGAACUUCUUAUUUCUUCCAAUGAACGCGCAAAAAAACAUGGCAGACGUGUGAUAGAGCCCAACACUAUCAGCAUCGGAAACAUCAAUGUAUAUAUGGGAAGAACGGGUAGAGCAAAUGUAAUGACACCGAUUCACGAAAAUGAAUUUGAGUCAGAUAAAUGCUUAACAGGCACGUGUUUCGACCCUUACUGUACAUGCUGUAGGUCUGAUUCAGAACUUAGUUUUGAAAACCAUGAACUUGAUAUUGAAUGUAAGAUGUAUGAAGCUGUAGAAGAUAGCAAACGAAAUGAAAAUAUUUCCAGACAGGAGGCGCUUACAAAAGUGUUGCAGAAACAAACUCAAAAAACAAAAAUUCCAAUUCCCGUUAAACUUCCAUCACAGUUAGCUUUCAAGAAAAUGAAAAACAUGUACACAUCCUCGACUCAAUCCACUCAACUGAAGCUUCCACCACUUUUACCAAACAAAAAAGUAAAACACAUGAAUGAAUCCUCGUCCACUCAAUUGAAACUACCACCACUGUUACCAAACAAAAAUAUGAAAUACGUUGAAAAAUCGUCCUCUGCUCCUCUGAAAUCACCACCAAUACUUCGAAGCAAGAAGAUAAAAACCUGUUGGGAACCUCUGAAACUACCACCGUUGUUGCCGGGUCAAAAGCAAAAUUGCAAACAAGAAAAAUCCUUCACUAAUCGCUCUGUUACUCCAAGAAUGCUUCAACCUCUAAAGAUGCUGCCACAAAACAUGAAAAGGUCUUUAAUCAUAAAUAAGGUCAAGGAUGAUGACAAGAAAGAGAAGAGCAAAGUCAUGUCAAUGAAAUCAAGGCCUAAGUCAGCCCAGCAACAGACUGCUGAAACAUCAGAUUCCAAUGAAAUUGUAAACGUAGGCUCAGAAAUAGCUUUGGAUACGAUAAGGGGGAACAAUGUGCCCCGCGAGAGAAAUUACCGAUAUUCUAGGCUGCAAAAUGACUCAACUAAAGAUUGCUUUAUCCCUAAGGGUCCAAGUGAUAGAGUCAGCAAAAUUAUUUAUGAAAGAUACUUAACUUUAAGAAAACAAAUUGGUAAUGUCAGGAAGCAAACAGAAGUAGAAACAUCGGAUAGCUACCCAGAAUCCGACCAAUAUCAUUCUAAGCUGGAUAUAGAAGCCGAUGCUAAAUAUGUGGUCGAAGACAUUCUUGACAAGGAAUACGACCAACUUACUACAACUGGUCAAAGCGAAGGUAGUGCCGUGAAUGAUUUUCAAGAUACGACAAAACAAUCUCGUUUGUCGGAUUGUCAAGUUAUAAACAUCGACUCUAAAAGAGAAAUUAAGACACGAUUUCUUCCUAUGCCACCCAAAACACCAAAACCAAAAACACUUAACUCCAGACUUCAUCAAUACAACAGGAAAAAAAUAUAAUUAUGAUAAUACAUGUAACAGUAUUUUUAACAGAAACUUAAACAUGAUAUUGUGAUUGUGUUAUUCAAUCUACCAAAAGAAGAUUUGUGAUGCACACCUGUAAAUCGGUUUGGCUAGCUCAAGUAAAAAAGUUGUGUUAUAAGGAAUCGACUUCCAUUCUACAUGUAACAAAAUAAGCUACUUUCCUAAUCUAUUUAAUGCAUCAAUUUAUGACAAAAUGGACUGAAACAAAGAGGAAGGAACCGAAUAUAUGAGUGGCAAGCAUAUCUAUUGUGGUGGUGGCAUAUACAACAACUCAUUGAUUGUAUAUGAAAUAUCUGUAAUGACAACAAAAAGACAAUCGUAUUGCUAAUAUGAACAUAGAACUAACGUAGUUUUG